GUUCGUAGGUUUCUUCCUAGUUAAGUACUUCAUUGUUCCUUUUUCCCAUAAAGUUAGUAAGCAUGGGUACCUACCCACAAUCUUACUCCAUUGUUCGUCCUUUACCUUCUGCAAAACCAAGUGCAAAACGACUCACAAUGCGCUUUACUUACAUAACAAAGCCCGAUCAUCAUAUUCUUCUUGUCCUCUCUAGUGUACAAUAUUCAACCAAACGAACAAUCAUAAUUCCUUCUUGAAAAUCUUGGCUUAAAAACAUUUCCGUACAACCGCAAGUUUCAGAGCAGAGUCUUGGCGAAAUGGUGGAUCACUUGGUCUCUCUCCAGAAAUUCAUAGGAACCCGCUUGAACGAGCUUGAGAUUAAGGAGAGCUACGUGAAAAAACUCCUUAAAGAACUCGAAUCCAAGGAGAAAGAGAUCGAUUUGGUCCGAAACUUUGAUUUCGGUUUUGGGUCUAUGGCAGGCAUGGACGGGAAAGAAUUGUUGGGUUUCUUGAGUGGGUACGUAGGUCAGCAAGAAAAGCUGCAUGAUGGCAUUUUCCAAGCGCUUAAAUCGUGUGAAGAACCGGAAAAAUUGGUUCUUGAUGCGGUUAAAGAGUUUUAUUCCGAGAACGGGGAAAUGGAUAUUGGAGGAGGGACUGUUUGGAAGAGAAGCUGUGUGGUUUUGCUGGAGCAGUUGACGAGGCUGAGGCCCAAAAUUGUGCCUCCGGAUGGGAAGGCGGAGGCGGCGAGAUUGGCCCGAGAGGGGAGGGCAAAGAUGAAAAUGGAGGAGGGACAAAAGGGUGUUGUGGAGGCCUUGGGGUUUUUUCUGCUUUUGGGUGCCUAUGCAUUAGUUGGUGAGAUUGAUAUUGGUGAACUGUUGAGUGUUUUUGAGAGUAUGGGGCAGCAGAGGGAACAAGCCGAAGCCAGUGAGUUGGAAAUAGAGCUUGGUUUAGCUGGCACAGAUCCGAUGAGCACAACCCUUGAUUCUCAAGAAAAGAUUGACCGGUCAAUGAAGGAAGAAUUACAGUUGGUCAACCAGAUAGCUUCUUCAUUUGCAAGCCGCUUGGAAGGGCUCAAGUAUUUUUGUGUUGGUACGGAUGGAAGGCAUUUGAAUUUGUUUCUCUAUCAGCAGGUGGAGGAGUAUGGUUCAUUGUACAGUGAGGUUUAUGAUGCUCUAAGUCAUGCUCCAGAUCCAGCAAAGCUUGUCUUGGAUGCAAUACCCGAUUUUUUACGUUCACAACCCCAGUUUGAUAAGAGUCUAACAAUGGCUAAAGUCAGAAAGAGUUGCAUUCUUUUGUUAGAGCAAUUAAUGACUAUAUCCCCCCAGCUAAGCCCCCUUGUGAGGGGGGAAGCUUUGAAGAUGGCAGAUGUGUGGAGAGCUAACUUAGGACAGAUUUAUCAACGUCCAGUGACUGUGUAUGGAUUCCUGCUUUUUCUAGCGGCCUAUGGAUUAAAAUCUAACUAUGAGGCAGAUGAGCUUCUUCGUCUUUUGGGAAUCUCCAGUCAGUAUAAAGCCUCUCCUGUUUUAUGUCAGGUCCUUGGUUUGACAGAUAAAGUAGAAGUUGUAAUCCAAACCCUCAUACAAAAGACUCUGCUGCUUGAAGCCGUUGACAAUAUUUAUGCGUAUGAACUGAUGGAUAAAUUCCAGCCAGUACGUCUUCUAAAGGGCUAUUUGAAGUUUUUUAAGAAAAUAAUAUACAAGAAAGGAAACAAAACAAAAUUACAACAGGAUGGGGCCAUAGACAGAGAAAUAGCUGUUACGAGAACUGUUAUCAAAUACAUUGCUAAAUACAAACUUGAAUCAGAAUAUCCACCUGAUGACCUUGAGAAACAAAUUGUGGAUCUGGAAAAUAAGAAGGAGCCCAAAAUUGUAUUCACACAGACAGAAAAGCUGAAAUCGAAAGGGAAAACGAGUUCUAUCCCUCAUUCCGGAGUAAAGGCUGAACCAUCUGCGAGUCAAAAGGAUUAUCUAGGGUUGGACAAUCAAACAUUUUCUUUCUCCACUGGUCCGCGGCUUCAACUGGGGUCUUUCUGUAUCAGUGUGGAUGGAGGACGUUCAAGCUUCCUUUCCCAUGAGCAUGUGGAGGACCACGAUUCACUGGUCUCUUCAUCCGCUAGCCCUUGGCCUGAACUCAAGUCCUUUUGCAUCAAUAUGGACGGAAAGAGUUUGAGAUUGUUUCUAUAUAACCACGAGGCGGAGCAUGAUUUCAUGUGCGGUGAGGUUUGUGAUGCUUUACAAUUUGCGUCCGACCCAGCAAAGCUUGUUUUGGAUGCAAUGUGGGGAAUUCUCUGUGUGCAGCCUGAGUUUGAUAAGAGUUUGUCAUUAAACACGGUAAGAAAGAGCUGCGUUCUCUUGCUGGAGCAGUUAAUAAUUAUAUCACCCAAGAUCAAUCCUCAUGUGAAAGUGGAAGCUCUGAAGAUGGCAAAUGAAUGGAGAGCUAAUUUGGGACAGCAAUAUCAGACUGGUUUGAAUGUGUAUGGAUUUCUGCAUUUUAUCGUGGCCUAUGGAUUCACGUCUUAUUAUGGGGCAGAUGAGCUUCUCGGUCUUUUGGCAACCGCGAAUCAGCACAGAGCGUCUCCUGGUUUAUGUCAUAUCCUUGGUUUGGCAGACAAAGUCGAAGUUCUUAUCGAGAAUUUCAUCCAAAGGUCUCUGCUACUUGAGGCCAUUGAACAUAUAUAUGCAUUUGAACUGAAAGAUAGGUUCCAACCAGUACAUCUGCUGAAGGACUAUCUGAAGCAAUCUAAGAAAAAAAUAUACAAGAAAGGAACCAAAUCGAUUUCGAAAGAGGCCAUAGACAAAGAAAUAGAAGCUGUGAGAAAUGUAAUCGGAUAUAUCGCUAAAUUCAAGCUUGAAUCAGAAUACCGACCUCAAAAUCUCAAGAACUAUAUCGUUGAGCUGCAAAAGAAGAAAGGCACAUGUAAAUGAAUGAUACCGUACAGCCAGAGAAGCAGAAAGCAAAUGAUAAACUUAUCAGUAUUUCAGUUGAAAGCCGUGUAAAAACAAUACACAAUAUCAAAUAAAAAUCUGUAUUACGGGUUUUUUUGGGCAGGACGGAUCUGGAGUGCCAAGCUCUACUUUUUUUA